AUGGGAUCAAGAAGACGUGGAUAUGCAUAUGAGGAAAACAGACGUCGACGUACACUACCAGACGAUAAUGAAGACGAUUAUCCCUACCCCUAUAAUGAUGAAAGACGUCAUCGCAGCUCUUAUCAUCAUAAGAGCCAUAAAGAUAAUAAUAGUAAUAAUAGUGGGAAUACAGGGAAGUUGUAUGAUCGCCAUAGAAGACAUCGUGCCAGAAGCCACAGCUGCAGUGAUGGAGAAUUAAGUCUCACGCAUUCCUAUUCCUCCUCCAAUAGUAAUAGUAAUAAUAAUCAUCAUCAUUAUAAUAAAGAUAAUAGUCGCUAUCGUGAUCGUCGUGAUCGUGAUCAUCAUAGACGUGUGCGUCAUCGUCGAGAGGAGUCGCAUCGUAAGAGACGCGAUCAUCGUUCCUCUUCUCCUCCUCACUCACGUGGACGCAGACGAGAAGAAAGUAAAGAAAAAGAAAAACGUGAAGAUCCACGUAAUCAUAAUAAUAAUUAUCAACGACAAACGAAUGUAAUUGUAGCGGUGGCGAGAGAAGAAAAGGAUCAUGAAGAGACCCACACACACCGUGAAAAGGAUAGAAAAAGUUGGCAGAGUGAAAAUAACACCCGACAGACGCUUUCAUUAGCGGCCCAACAACAACAGAAACAACAACAACUUCUCUCCGCAUUAGAUAGAGAGUUGGAGGCUCACAGAGGCCACUGGUCCAGACGUAAUGGAAUCAAUAAUAAUAAUAAUAAUAAUAAUAAUAAUAAUAAU